AUGGAUAAUGUAGCCAAACCUGUAUUUAUUCCGGAGAAAAAAGAUCUUCGUCAACCCCGUGCUUUUCAACCACACGAGUUUGUUCGAAAUGUUAUGGGGGCUAGUGCGGGUGCUGGUUCUGGCGAAUUUGAUAUUUAUCGGGGUUGCCGUCGUCGGCAAUUGAUUCGAGAAGCAUUUAAGACGCGCGAAGCAAAAGAGCGUGCGUUGGAUGAUGCUUUCCAAAAAAAGAUUGAAAAAAAUCAGACACAACUGGAAUUGAAAACAGCAAAAAAACGAAAGAAAAGACUAAAGCAGAAAGGGCGUCAGAAAAAGCCGAAAAAUUCUUCCGGGUCUAAAACAAAAGAUAGCAAUAGUACCGAAUCAAGCGAAAGUGAAAAUGAACAUAGUACAGCUGACGACGAGAAGAGUGAGCAAACAAAUUCGAAUGGACCUACUCAGGAGUCGUUAUCCGAGCAAAAUGUCAAUGAAGAGGUUACCACACCAACAGCAUUACCGCCAUCGAUUAAUACUGUCGAAAAAUCAACUUCAUCGACUCUCGAAACAAAUGGCAUUAAUCGAAAACAUAUAAGAACUAGAAAUAAUAGCUCAUCAUCAAAUGAGGAUGAAAAUGAUCAUAAACAAUCGUAA